CUCAUCCAUAUACACAUACACACACACUCACACACACCUACACACAUGACACACUGGCCAAACAACAACAUGUCACAGGCCGUCAGUGACAGCAGCAGCAGCAGCAGCACAAAAAACCCCUUCAUCUUGGCUGUGUGUGCGCGGAGAGUGAUACCAGCGAAACUGCUUACGUCAUAAAAGCAAUCGAAACACGAAAGUAUUACUCGGUCGGCAGCAGGGAAGCCAGUCCGCGGCGGUGCACCAGUACGCGAGCAAAUCGUUUCCUCCGGCGGGGAAGAAGAACAAGCCAGCCAACGGGCCAACUCGUCACCGAACGGGAAGCUGCACCGAGCCCUGCACAGCGGGAGGGAAAAUCGCCUCGCCUUUUGUGUACCCUGCACACACACACACACGCGCGCGCGCCUCCGAUGAUCGCAAACGCGGUGAAAAGCGCAUCCGGAUAGAGGGAGACAGAGAGGGGUCAUUGUCGCUAGACCGAGCAGGCCAAAACUGGGCCAAACGCCCCCCCCCCCCCCCCCCCACUGUCUAAGUCGAUUGCACCUGGUGGCCCUACCGCCUUCCUCACUCUACUUCCUGGCCACCCAAACCUCACUUUUCUUACCGACCACAUCCACAGGGCGAAAGAGAGCGAGAGCACACACCGUUGAAUGUCUGUGCGUUUGUGCGUGUGAAAAACAAAAACAACAACCAAUCGCAUUUUCCGUUCCUCCGCUUUCCUAGACAAGGGUACGAAGAGCCGUCGUUUCCACCACCCCUCGGCAGACACAAACAAAGGAGCCGCACAAACACACAUACCACACCCUCCUCCCCACCACAGAAAGGAAAAGCGCUGCAAACGAUGGGCGAACCGGAGUACGAGAGCGUGGUGCUGGUGAAGCAGGAGGUGUUUGUGUACAAAAUUCCGCCGCGCCAGAGCAACCGGAGCUACCGGGCGGCCGACUGGAACCUGCUCGACCCGAUCUGGACCGGGCGGCUGCGGAUGGUGGCCAAGGGCCGGUCGCUGUGCGUGAAGCUGGAGGACAAGACGAACGGCACGCUGUUCGCGAACUGCCCGAUCGAGAGCUACCCGGGCGUGGCGAUCGAGGCCGUGUCCGACAGCUCCCGGUACUUCGUGCUGCGCAUCCAGGACGGCAACGGGCGGACCGCGUUCAUCGGGCUCGGGUUCGGCGACCGGUCCGACUCGUUCGACAUGAACGUCGCGCUGCAGGACCACUUCAAGUGGGUGAAGAACGAGGAAAAGAUCGAGAAGGAAAAGGUGGAACCGAAGCAGCAGCUCGAUCUCGGCUUCAAGGAGGGCGAAACGAUCAAGAUCAACAUGAAGAUUACGAAAAAGGACGGCUCAGAGGCCUCGUCCCGACUGACCGGGAAGAAAACGGGCGCGGGCGGUUUGCUACCGCCGCCACCGGGCGGCAACAAGAUCAGCCCACCCCAGGCGAGCUCACCUUCGCAUCUGCCCGCCGCAUCAUCGACGGCGGCCGGCGGCCAGACCGAGUGGGGCGAAUUCACUUCCGCUGGGGUGCAAAGCACAACGGCAGAUGCUGCGGCCGCAACACCGAGCAAAACCAACGCCAACUGGGUACAGUUUUAGGAAGGUGGGCGUACUCUGGGCGAGGGCGGUUGGACCAGCGAGAUUUACGCGGGGGUAUGGGCAAAACAUUGCAACCACUGAAAAAGCUAAAAUGGUUUGUCCCCGGUAAGUAGUGGAGGAUGAUGAUCAGCUGCGACUGGCGGCUGUAAAAACGGAGGGGGAAAAAAGAGAGCAGAAACGGUUCGUUGCAAAAGUAUGUAAAACGGUGCAACACUGUACUUUAAGUCGGAACUUGGCUAGACGAUAGUAUGAUAUCGAACGUGCGUGAUCUUUAAGUUUAAAAAUCUAGAACCACACACUCACACUCUCACACACACACACACACACACACACACUUUAAUAGAAACGGAUAAGCAUUAAUACACCAUGAACAUCAGUGAGCGGACAAGGAUGGAAAACACUCAACGAGCGCAACAAAAAAAAACGUGGAACACAGAAACCAAUCACACACAUACACACACACAUAGACCCGUGCGAUUAGAAUAGAAUGACGUAGCAGAAUAAUAGUACGCGGGGAUGGCGCGCGCAUUAGGGCUGGGGAGCCAUAUUGUAGGAAUUCACGCAUUGAUCGCGCACGUGUGUGGUGCUGAUGUCCUGAUGUGUGUGUGUGUUUAUUUUCUUGUAGCAGGAAAAGUAGCGGAAAAUUCGCUCCCGCGUACCAUUAACACAGACACACGCGCGUAUUGUUCUCAGCAUAUAUAUAUAUAUAAUAUAUACAUAUAUACACAACCACACGCAUAUACAUAUACAUAUAUAUAUUACUGGAAAACGCUUAUGUAUGUAUGUAUGGGGCUGAAGGCGCGUGUGAGCUCUAUAGUCGUGCAUGUGUCGCUAGCUGCAUAUGUAUAUACCACAUAUACACACGUAACCCCUAACAAGAGAGAUACAAAAAAAAAACUAUAUAUGUGAAUGGGUAUAUAUAUAAACAUAGGAAAUAAUAGAAUUGUUUAAAAUUGAACUUUACGUUAGGGGAGACACAAGAGAAACCCUCGAAGCAACGGAGCCGUUACUAGGAAAAGGCGCCCUUUAGGCAAACGGUAGGAAGCUCUGCAGCAGUGGGGCAGAGAAGGCGAAGAAGCGGGAAAGAAGAUGAGAUGACACACACGGUUGAAGCGCUAGCUAUAUUAUACAGGUGUAGUAGAAAUUUUGGACAGGACGAAUGAGAAAGGAGAAAAAGCAAGAGAAAAACUCAGAUUUACAUACCUAUUGUUGCUAUUGAGAUACACAAAAAAAAAAACAAAUACUAUCUCCCAUAACCCACUCGUUCCUUCUCCAUAAAUCCCUUCUUGCCCCUACCCCCUUCCCUUCGCGUAGCGAAAGCUGGCAAGUAUAUAUGUUAUCUAAUAUUGUAGUGCGCAAAAAAAAGAUUAGUAACGAGGGCAAAGAGAGAGAGAGAGAGAGAGAGAGAGAGAGAGAGAGAGAGAGAGAGAGAGAGAGAGAGAGAGAGAGAGAAA